AUGAGGCUUAACCCCGCCCCGAGCCGCGGCGCAGCCGGGCGGGCAGGCAGCCAGCUAGGCCCCUGCCCGGGGGAGGGCCCCCCGUCGCCCCGAGCGGCCGCAGCUGUUCCAGCCGGAGCUGCUGGAAAGCAGCCACGCACCCCAGACUUUGUCUCCCUCGCACACAGCGCUAAACUCCAUACCCUCCCCUACCCGGGAGCGGCCGCGGCUCCCCGCCGCUCGCUGCCUUUCUCUUCCCCGCUCCGAGCGAUGGGGGGGAGAAAGAGGCUCUUCGCCUCCAGGCUACUGCUAGCUGUGCGCCGGCUCCCCAGGAAUAGCCAGCGCUACCGGGCCGGUCAUCAUGCGCUGGCCCCGAAGCCGCCGGCGGGGAGAGGGUGGGGGAGCGCACGGACUGCCGGCUCCCGUGGGGCGCGGUGCGGGGUGGCUGCGCGGAACGGCCCGUGGCACCCCGUCCCGUCCUUUUGCUUCCCCGCUCCGCGCUUUCCUCGCAGCCCGCCGCGGCAGCCAACCCGUGAGUUAAACUUCCUGCUCCCGGCCCGGCUGGGAAGGGGACGCGGAGCCUGGCCGGACUCAACCCUCGACACACACAACAGCUGGAGCUGUCAAAACUUCCUCCGCUCAGCCUCGGCCCCGGCCCCUGCCGCCUCCGCCACCGCCGCCGCCUGCUCCUCCUCCGCCCCCGGGGGCUCUGCGCGGGGGGAGGGCGCAGGGCCAGUGUACAAUGAAGCGGCGGCCGCCGCAGCCGGGCAGCGCAGGAGUCAGAGCCGCCGCCAGCUCCCGGGGCCUCUGAGAGGGGGGGGCGCCCAGCGGCGGGAUCAGCCGCCUCUUGCUCGCUCUCUUCACCUCGUCCGCCACCUCUCCCAGCCCCGACAGACCCCGCUGAGCCGGGGAGGGGGUGUUAUUGUGUGUGAGACCCUUCCUUCCUCUGCGCUCUUUCUCUUCGCCCCCCCGUUCCCCUCUUCCUGUUCUCCCCAUGCUGCUCCCCCUGCUACCUGUGCUGGUCGGCGGCGGCUGAGGCCAGCAAUGCGAGGCGGAGGUGGAGGAGGCGGAGGUGAGGAGGAGAGGAGCCGCGGGAGCAGGAGGAGCAUCGGGAUCCCCAUCACCAUCUUCAUCCUCAUCAUCAUCAUCCAUGUGUCUCUCUCGUCCUGCUGA